AUGAUGCACGUACAGAGCAAUAAUGCCUGCAAGGAAGACUACAACACCUGGAUGAAACGCAUAGGCUGGAUACCUAUUGGCAGUCUAGAUGUAGAAAACGUUAAGAAAGCAGGUGAUGCCCUGAAUGAAAAGAAGUACAGGCAGCAUCCAGACACCCUCAAAUUUACCAGCACCGUGGACUCCCCAGUUAUGGUCCAGGCAAAACAGAACACAAAGCAAGUCAGUGAUAUCUUCUACAAAGCUAAAGGAGAAGAUGUGAAACAUAAAUACACUAUGAGUCCUGAUCUUCCUCUGUUUCUCUAGGCCAAGUGCAAUGCUUACAAUAUGAGUGACGUAAGUAGGGUUUUCAAUGGGGUGUGAAACCCAGACAAGGUGGUACAGUAAUAGAAUCUCAGAGUA